AUGGGAGAACUACCGGUAGAACGUGUUACACCCACCUUCCCUUUCGCUCAUACUGGAGUGGACUAUUGUGGUCCAUUUUCAUAUCGCCCAACCCGCCGUGCUACUGCCAUCAAGUGCUAUGUCUCUGUGUUUGUCUGCCUCGUAACAAAGGCAGUGCAUCUGGAAUGUGUAUCCGAUUUGACCACCAAUGCAUUCAUUGCGGCACUCAAACGAUUCGUGGCACGUCGGGGCAAACCCGAAAUGAUCGAGUGCGACAACGCCCUCAACUUUCAAGGUGCUAAGCGAGAGCUAAAAGAGCUAGCUCGCUUGUUUCGGUCGCAACAGCACCAGGACCAAGUUUCUCGCAGCUGUUCGGAAGACGGAAUAACUUUUAAAUUCAUACCUCCCAGGUCCCCGAAUUUCGGAGGACUCUGGGAAGCCGCAGUAAAGUCUAUGAAGAGCCAUCUACGCAGAACUGUGGGCAAUGUGAUCCUCUACCAGGACGAAUUUCAGACUGUUUUAGCCCAAGUCGAGAGCUGCCUAAACUCUCGUCCGUUGACACAGCUAACAUCCGAUCCAAAUGAUCUGGAGGUGCUCACACCGGGGCAUUUCUUGGUGCAUAGGUCCCUUACUGCUAUACCGGAGCCCAGUCUAAACAGCAUCCCGACAAACCGACUAGACCGAUACCAACAGACUCAGGAGUACGUCCGAAGAAUUUGGAACCAAUGGCAGUCCGAAUACUUGUCCGGGUUACAACCCCGUACGCGUUGGACUCAGCGGCGUAACAACAUAAAGGUCGGAACUUUGGUUCUGGUCAAGGAGGAGAACCUUCCUCCACUGAAGUGGAGAAUAGGGCGGAUCACGAAGAUCUUCAUGGGAGAUGACAAUUGCAUUCGAGUCGUCGAUGUGCGCACGAAAGACGGCGAAUACCGCCGAGGAAUAUCCAAAAUCUGUGUUGCCUAA